AUGCUUUUAAUCAAUAUCCUUCUCACCUUGUGGGUGUCCUGUGCUGAGGGACAAGUUGCUACAGGAAAAUAUUUCUACUAUACCUGUGAUCAUAGUUAUGUAUCUGCUUCGUCUCUCUGGACUCAAAUAACCUGCACAGAGGAAGGAUGGUCACCAAUACCAAAGUGUCGCAGACUGUGCUUUUUUCCUUCGGUGGAAAAUGGGCGUUCUUCAUCUACAGGACAAAUACAUCUGGAAGGUGACACUGUGCAAAUUUUAUGUGACACGGGCUACAACCUUGCAAAGAAUCAGAGCAGCAUCACAUGUACGGAAGAUGACUGGUCCUCUCCUCCCAAAUGCAACCCAGCUGAUUCUGAAGGAUAAUGUGGGCCCCCUCCACCUAUUGAAAAUGGAGACACAACUUCAUUCCCAUUACCUCCCUAUGCUCGAGGAUCAUCAGUUGAGUACCAAUGCCAGAACCUCUAUGAACUUCAGGGUAACAAGUAUAUAACAUGUAGAAAUGGACGGUGGUCAGAACCACCAAAAUGCUUAGAUGCAUGUGUAAUAUCAGAAGAAAUGAUGGAAAAAAGUAACAUACAGUUAAAAUGUAAACGUGACAAAAGACUUUAUUCCAAAACAGAUGAUGUUGUUGAAUUUACUUGUAAAUGGGGAUAUAGACCAAAGACACCAGGAGAGACUUUUCGAGCAACAUGUUGGGAAGGGAAGCUGAAGUAUCCCAUUUGUGAAAACUACUAUGGUUAA